UGCACUACGCUCUGCUUUUGCAUGUACUUUGCCUUCACAGUCUUUUAUUUUUCUAUUUUCCUUUCCUCGCCGCCGCCAGCCAGGACAGGCCGUGCCGCGGUUGUAGGAAUCAGCUCGCAAUUGUAAAAUAACUCGCAGAGAGAGGUUUAACUUGCUUACUUGUUCCAUGUAUCGCUCACCGCUAUCGCUUACGUGUCCUGUGUAGGCUCCAAUAUGCGGCACAAACAUCAGAGCAACACUCUUAAUCCAGAGAAGGCUUUAUAACAAACGAAUAGGGCAGAUUUUAGAAAGGAUUACCCCACGUUGAUGGUCACUCUAUUUUUGCUUUUUUGGUCUGUUGAUGUGGUGGGUGGGUGUCUUGCAAGUAAUAUCAACCAUUGUAAAGAUGACAGGUGGACAGAGAGAGGAAAGUAAGGUAAAUUAAUAUGGGUUCCGGCAUCACAGCGAGUUAUUUCCGCGGGGAGGUAUUUCUCGCCACACCGCCGCCGAUCGAAGCAUCAACACAGCCACGGCGGCGGGAUGGCAGCGCGGGGUCGGGUGGGUUGACUUGCCGAGUGCCCCGCCUCCUGCCUUUCCAAACCCACACUCAGCUCGGGUUCAUAUAGUGCCACAGGUGCCAACUGACAAACACAGUGCCACAAACCGAGAUAUUCAACGACUAGGCAGUGAUACACUCCCUCCUAAUGCUUUCACUGCUAUCGGGAAAGGGAGCAGCCUUGAUAUUUGACGAUUGGGGUUACUUGGCAGCGUGAAAGUGGAGCAGUGACAUGUCGUGGUGCUCCAGUGAUGGGCCACAGACCAGUUAUCUAUGCAGGAGGAGUAUACGUUCCCCCGUGGAGCUGUAACAGAAGCCAUCAAGUCUGAGGACAAGCUCAGCACAGAAACAACCAUGCGCUGGCACAAGAAGUUCAAGGUUCUCCGCUGCUACAUCCUCAUCUUGGGCUGGCUUGGCAUAAUACUCCUCUUCUUGUCAUACUGGAGGGUUGAAACAGAUCCGUCACACCCCCCAGCACCCCUCAAGGUCACUGGGGGAGGAAUGCCGGCACCCAGCCUUCUGCAGCAGGAAAAGCCACGUGCCAAGAAGCUACGCCACCUUUGUAACCCACCAGAUCGUAUACAGAGGAACCAGGAGGGUGUGUUACCAUCACAGUAUCAGCUAAGUGGAGUCAUGAUCUUGCUGCGUCAUGGGGAUCGUGGACCGUUAGUACAUGUAAGAAAUUUGUCCAGCAUCAACUGUGGCCAUCACAGCUAUGGCACCCCCACCUACAAAAAGUAUGUUGGGGACAUUCUCAAUGUGUCGCGCACUAACACUUACGUUAACUUUGUUGGGCCGUUUGUAAGGUUUCCCUUGCUGCCACUUCCAUCUCGCUGUGGCCUGGGGCACCUCACACCUCAAGGUGUGUUACAGCACCUACAGCUGGGCAAAGUGCUAAAACAGGUGUACCUCACAGAGUUCAACCUGCUCAGUAAUCACUGGGAGCUGGACGACAUCAUAGUGUACUGUACUAAGUACCGACGUACCUUCCAGAGUGUCUUGGCCUUCCUUUACUCCUUCAUCCCAGAUUUUGACAUUUCUAAAGUGCGCCUACAGGAGGGCCGUGGUGUUAGCUUUUGUGGGGAUGACUGUCACUGUGAACAGUCUGAUCGCUAUGACCAAAAGUAUGAGCAGGAACGUCGAGACUAUCGUAGGUCCCACCCAGGCAUUGUGGACCUGGUGCAUCGUGUCAACCCACUGGUGAGGGAGGGGGAGGACAUAACCAGCCCUUUGGUAAUGCGUGAUGCCUUGUUGUCCUAUGUUUGUCAUGGAGCUCCACUUCCCUGCCUUGGUGGUCGCUGUGUUAGGGUUGAAGAUGUCACAGGCCUAGUAUCCUAUGAGGAGUGGGAAGGCCGACAGAAGCGUACCUCCGCCCAGCGUAAAGCAGCCAAACUAAGAGUAUAUGGGUUGAUGAAAAGCAUUUCUUCAUCCUUAAAUGACAUGAUGAGGGAAGACCGGCCCCGUGUAGUGGUGUACUCUGGCCAUGACCGUACCCUUAAGUACCUGCUGGAUACUCUUGGCAUACCAAACUACCAGCUGCCCCACUAUGCCUCCAGACUGGUGCUGGAGCUGUACCAGAACACCACAGCCACUCACAAUCCAGGGUACCAGGCAGCAUAUUACUUCAGGCUAGUGUAUAAUGGCAAAGACAUCACCAAAUUUAUUCCUUUCUGUGAGAGUGUGACCAUAAGACAACUUAAAUCAGGUAGUGUGAAGCGUGGUGCCAUCAGCUUGUGUGCUGUAGAGAAGUUGUUAGGUUACCUCAGGCCAGAAUUGUAUUUCAAGGAGUUUAAUGCAGCCUCCUUCAGGGAAGCCUGCCAGAAGUGAGUCAGCCAGUAACUCUACAAGGAAUAACAGAACUCGUAGGCAAGCCUUCUCAUGGCCCUUUUGUUCCCAAGUAAUACUCUUGGAGCCUAAUUGAAGCACCUGAACCUGCCUCAAUAGCUGUCAGGGAGCUGUCAAGUCCCAAAUAAUUUCUAGUCUUGAUAAUCAGUCAUCUCCUUUUUAUUAUGACUAUUUUUGUAUAAUUCAUCAUAUCAGUAUUAACUAAAAGAAGUGUCCUAGUCAAUAAUUUUGUAUGUAGUAGUUGUAAUAGAUUUUUAUGCAUUUUGUAAUAAAUUAUUUUAUAUAUUUUAAUAUGAGUGCAAUAAGACUUUAUUUUUAAUUGGUAUUUUGUUGUAUUCUCAAAGAAAUUGUAGAUACAGUACGUCUUUUAUCCAAAUCUCAAUCACUGAAGUAUUGCAGCAGCUGUGUGAAUAUUCGCUGUGACAAAAGUGGGUCACUCCUCUGACAUUUAAUUAUGCUUCCUUUCCAAUUGAUGAAAAUUGUUGACACAAGGUCUGACUCAUGGUAGGAAAGUUGGUAUUCAACUGGUUAUCCAUCCAGGGUGCUCUCCUUCCAAAAUACUAUAAUUAACAAGGCUUCAUGCAGGACUAAGACUUGUCAAAAGGUUAACAAUCUUUUUUAUUAAGCCAAGAGAAAUUCUUUAGUUGCCAUGAAUUUUGCAUUCUUUUUCUAAAUUGUUCCCCCUCCAACUCAUUAUUUUGCCAGGUGUCGCAGAUGGUUCAGUGUCAUGUUGUUGAGUGCCUUUAUGUGGUGUAGGAUCAGAGGGUAUGGAGAUAAAACAAGCAUCAUUGAGUUUGUUAAUUCCCCUCAACUUAACCAUAUUAUAUUUUCCCAGCAGCAGGUGGAUCCUCAUUAUAGUGUUUAGAUUCUUUGAUAAAAGAUGUAUUGUAUGGAAUUUGCACAACAGUGUUGUGAUUCUCACAGUGAAAGUCUCUUUUCAGCAUGAUGUGCCAUGAAAUGUUUCUCACUUUCCUGAAGCUGGCAAAGGCUCAAACAUUUAACUUUUCCUUAUUUACAAGUUAUGAGAGUUUCUUGUUUUCUGACUUCAUGUACUAGAGAAUAUUCAAAGGUACCUAGCCAUAACUUAGUGUUGUGGUACAGUGUGUGUAACAUCCUAGCAACUGUGAAGUAGGCAGAUAUUCAGUUUAAUUUGAAUUUGAUUAUUCAGUAUGAAGUGGAUAGGUACUCGUUUCCAACUCCUCUUAAUGGUGAACCCCAAUGAGAGAUUUACUUGUAUAAAUCAUUGUCUAUUGCAUCCUCAUAUUCCU